AUGGCAGAUGCAUCGAGCAAAGCCGCGGCUGCCGCCAGAGCAUCCGACCCACGAACCACCCAUCCUUCUCUGAACUUGAGCGGAAAUGUGAUCAGCGCGGCAUUCUGCGUGCCGUUCAAAGUACAUUAUUGCCCAGAUGGCAGCUGGCAGCUUGACUCGCGGCAUGGUACUUCCGCCCUGUUCGAGUCGUUGUCCUAUCUUUCGUCGGCGGAAUCCCCGUGGGUACACACUUUAGUUGGCUGGACAGGCGAGAUAGCGAAAGGCCAUCGCCAAAAGGAGCCUCCGAUCACAUGUCAGGAGGAUGGAGGCCCUUUCGAGCAAAAUCCGAGGUCCACUCAUGGUGCUGGCACAUACGCGGAAGCAAAAUCAUCAUCCUCGCACGAGCCGUGUCUUCAGAUAUCCAGCUCAAGUCGAGCGCAGCUUGCCAAAGAUUUGACAGCUCAGCACGGAGGUAAAGUUACACCGGUUUGGCUUCCGGAUGAGAUCACAGACGACGACACUGCUAUUCUUCGCGAUCAAAGACGAUGGCGAAAAUAUGGCGAGCACGAGCUCUUUACCUUAUUCCACUACAAGCAGAACGAGCCGACAGAUGGUCGCGCGGUCCGCAAGCAAUGGGUUGAUUAUCACUGUUUAAACAAAGCAUUUGCUGAUGCCAUCGUUGACGCCUACAAACCUGGAGACAUUAUUCUCAUUCAUGACUACCAGCUUUUGCUCCUGCCAAGCUUGAUAAGACAACGCCUCCCUAAUGCCUACAUAGGCUUCUUCCUACACAUCCCGUUUCCUAGCUCGGAAUACUAUCGCUGCCUUCCUCGGCGAAAGGAAAUUAUGGAGGGCGUCCUUGGGUCGAACAUGAUUGGCUUUCAGGCGUACAGCUACGCUCGUCAUUUCUCUUCGUGCUGCUCUCGCAUCCUAGGGUUUGACUCGUCUGCAGCAGGCGUGGAUGCGUAUGGUGCUCACGUACCUGUCGAUGUCUUCCCAAUCGGAAUCAACGUCGAUGCUACCAUGCAGGCCGCUUUUGGCUCUUCGGGGAUCGAGAAAAAGAUGGGUAUCCUUCGAGACGUCUACGCUGGGAAGAAGAUUAUUGUCGGACGUGACCGUCUUGACUCGAUUCGAGGCGUGGCACAGAAGCUGCAGGCUUUUGAGAUCUUCCUUACCCGCUAUCCCCAUUGGCAGGACAAAGUCGUACUGAUUCAAGUGACUAGCCCGACAAGCUUGGAAGAACAUGGUGACAAGAACGACAAGAUGGCCAACAAAAUAUCGGAGUUGGUUGCGAGGAUCAACGGCAAAUUUGGAUCCUUGAGCUUCACUCCCGUGCAUCACUAUCCACAGUAUCUGUCGCAAGAAGAGUAUUUUGCUCUGCUGAGGGUCGCAGAUCUUGGAUUGAUCACGAGCGUUAGAGACGGAAUGAAUACAACCGCUCUCGAAUAUGUUCUCUGCCAGCGAGACAACUUCAGCCCACUCAUCAUCUCCGAGUUCUCGGGCACCGCUGGAAGCCUUGGCAAUGCAAUUCACAUCAACCCCUGGGAUCUUGGAGGCACUGCCGAUGCAAUCAACUCAGCUCUAAUCAUGCCUGAUGAGGAGAAGCGCGCAAAGCAUAGACUUCUCUACCAGCACGUCACCACCAACACCGUCCAGGCAUGGACCGACAGCUAUCUCAAGCGCCUCCUCACCAACCUCGCCUCUCACGACCAGGCGAUAGCGACCCCUGCGCUCGAUAGAGUCAAAAUGCUCGCGCAAUAUCGCAAUUCUACGCGCCGUCUAUUCAUGUUCGACUACGAUGGCACCCUCACACCGAUCGUACGCGAUCCACAAGCCGCCAUUCCGUCCGACCGAGUCAUCCGUACCCUCAAAUCUCUCGCCUCGGACCCGCGUAAUCAGGUUUGGAUCAUCAGCGGCCGCGACCAGGCCUUCCUCGACGAAUGGAUGGGCCAUAUCUCCGAGCUGGGCCUCUCUGCCGAGCACGGCUCUUUCAUGCGCAUGCCGAACAGCACCGGCUGGGAGAACUUGACCGCCACUCUCGACAUGUCCUGGCAAGACGAGGUCCUGCGCAUCUACGACUUCUAUACAGCACGCACGCCCGGCAGCUUCGUCGAGCGCAAAAAGAUUGCGCUGACCUUGCACUACCGCCGUGCGGACCCUGAAUACGGCGUGUAUAUGGCCCGUCAAUGCCAAAAGCACCUCGAGAACACCGUCGUCAAGCAGUGGGAUGUCGAAGUGAUGACAGGAAAAGCGAACUUGGAAGUCCGCCCGCGCUUCGUCAACAAAGGCGAGAUUGCGAAGCGGCUGGUGGCGGAAUACGGCGAAGGGCACGGCAAAGCCCCUGAUUUCGUCCUCUGUCUGGGUGACGAUUUCACGGACGAAGACAUGUUCCGCACCCUCCGCCACUCCCAACUCCCCGAAGAUCACCGCUACGCCGUCACCGUCGGCGCCAAGACCAAGCAGACGCUCGCCUCCUGGCAUCUCCUAGAGCCCGCCGAUGUCAUCUCCGCCAUCGCGCUACUGAACGGGAACAAAGAGGGUGUCAACGCCGCGGUGGCAGCACAGGUGGAUAGCGAGCAACAGCGACGUUGA